AUGUUGACUGACACUAGUGCUAGUAUGGCAGCCCUAAAUAAUUCGUCAGCCAGUUACUCAAGUAGCGUUAGUGAUUUUUAUAAUGGAAAGACAUUAUUCAUAACGGGAUGUACCGGAUUCAUGGGAAAAGUUCUUCUGGAGAAGCUGCUGAGGUCUUGCCCGGGCGUCGCGAAGAUUUAUUUGCUGAUUAGGCCGAAGAAGGGACAAGAAGCACAAGAAAGGUUGCAACAAUUGAUAUGUUCACCGCUUUUCGACACAAUUCGAAAAGAACGACCUCUAGAUCUUCACAAAUUACUGCCAAUCGACGGUGACAUCACUCAGCCGGAGUUGAGCAUCAGUCCCAACGACAGAGCUGUUUUAGAACGAAGCGUCAACAUAGUUUUCCACAGCGCCGCUACCGUCAAAUUCGACGAAAAACUCAAACUGUCCGUCACCAUAAACGUGUUGGGCACACAACGGUUGGUGGAGCUUUGCAAGAGGAUGGAUCACCUCGAAGCACUGAUACAUGUAUCAACGGCAUAUUGCAACUGUGAUAGGUACGAGGUGAAGGAAACAAUCUAUCCACCUCCGAUUGGUCCCGAUCAAGUUGUGUCGCUUGUCGAGGCGCUAGAUGAAGAUUUAGUGGACUCUUUGACGCCGAAAUUGAUCGGUAACAGGCCGAAUACGUAUACGUUCACGAAGGCUUUGGCGGAAUGUUGGUUGAAAGAUAAUAAAGGAACUUUGCCGGUGGUUAUUAUAAGACCCAGUAUAGUUUUAAGCAGUAUUAACGAACCUGUUAAAGGAUGGGUUGAUAAUUGGAAUGGUCCUACAGGUAUUAUAGCGGCGGCUGGAAAGGGACUUUUUAGGACCAUGUUGUGUGAUCCAGACAAAAUAGCCGACAUAGUACCUGUAGAUAUGGUGAUCAAUUUGAUGAUUGUGUCGGCUUGGAGGAUAGGAAGUAGUCCAACUAAAGAAAUUUCAAUAUACAAUUGUUGCUCAGGUAUGCGAAAACCCAUCAAAUGGAAGGACUUCGUCUACUAUUGUUUUAAAUACAGCCGGAAGCACCCGGUUAUGGACGUUUCUUUCUAUCCAUCAGGUUCUGUGACUUCGCGUCGGUACGUGCACGCCAUCAGAACGUUCUUGUGGCAUUGGUUACCGGCUUACAUCAUCGAUACGGUCGUGCAGAUAUCUGGAGGAAAACCAGUGUUGUUAAGGAUACAGGAUAAAUUACACAAAGCCGCGGAUUGUUUGGCGUAUUUUACGACGAAAGAAUGGCGAUUCGACGACGAAAACGUGAGACAACUGGCGAUGGUUUUGAGCGAGUCGGAUAGAGAAGAAUUUUGUUUCGAUGUCGCCAAAAUAGAUUGGAAUAAUUAUUUAGAAAAUUACGUAUUGGGAAUUAGAAGAUUUAUAUUCAAAGAAGACGCCUCGACGUUACCCAUGGCCAGAAAACAAAUCUCCAAAUUGUUCUGGACUUACAAAAUCAUCCAAGUGCUGUCUAUAAUGUGCAUGUGGCACUUUUUAACGCUGCGGUACGCCCCCUUGCGGCGUCUCUGGAGCAACGCCCUUCGGCUUCUCGUACAUUUAGCAAGAAUGCUGCCAUUUAUAUAA